AUGGAUAUUCACCGGUGCCGCUUUGUGCAGUAUCCUCCACAGCCGAUCAACGCUCUCGCAUUUUCUCAUCCCCCCAACCCCAAGCAAAAAGCGCCUACCGAUCUGCGUCUGGCCCUAGGUCGAAACAACGGCGACAUUGAAAUAUGGAACCCCAAAGACGGUCUCUGGGUACAGGAAACACAUCUAAGAGGUAGAAAAGACACCACGAUCGAACAGCUUGCGUGGACCCAGGACCUAGUAUGGGAUGAGCUGCACAAUUCUGGUGCGCCGAAGACUUCACGGGGCCCUCUACGGCUUUUUAGUACCGGCGGGUCGACCUCGGUGACGGAAUGGGAUCUCAAUACAGGCGCUCCUCGAAGCAAAGCGGAAGGAAAUUUCGGAGAUAUUUGGUGCUUUGCAGCACAACCUCAGCUUGAAGGUGCUGCAAGUCCGGAUGACCUCCAAGGCGGCGCAGGUACACAGUUGCUCGCAGCUGGGUGUUCAGAUGGGACAAUCAUUCUCUUCUCUACCGAAGACGACGACCUGCGCUACCUCCGACCUCUAGCACAACCCCCGGUCAAGAAACCUAAAGUCCUGAGUCUGGUGUGGCGCGACCGUAACACUGUGGUGGCUGGUUAUGAAGACAGCACGAUCCGCGUCAUCGACAUCACGAGCAGAAGAAUCAUGAGGAAUAUGAGCCUGGGAAAGCCAAUCGAAGGCAACAACUCGGUCGUGUGGACUGUCAAAUGCCUCCCUGAUGGGACUAUCGUCUCUGGCGACUCGUCCGGUGAAUUAAAGAUAUGGGAUUCUAAAAACUACUCUCUGGUGCAGCGGCUAAAGAGCCACAAAGCCGAUAUACUCGACAUUGCUACGAGCGCCUCUGGAGACGUGAUUUUUUCAGUUGGUGUCGAUCGGAGGACUGUGACCUACAAGUUGGUCCCUCUUCACCCCGGAAGCCAAAAGUCGAGGUGGGCCGAGGUAUCACAUAAACGGUUCCAUCAGCACGACGUCAAAUGCGCAGCCACUUUUGAGAGUAAAGAGUUGAGCAUUCUGGUGUCAGGAGGCAUAGAUGCCCGGCCUAUUGUGGUGCCAAUACGCCGUUCGCAGACCGAGUAUCAUCGUUCCCUUCCCCACCUCCCUCAGCGAUCACAGAUUUCAGCGUCCAACACUUCAAGAAUAUUCAUUUCCUGGUGGGAUCGCGAGAUCGUGGUAUAUCAUGUGCGAAAGUUCGCAACUCUACCAAUAGCUGAUGCAGGCUCUGACGGAGCCAUGGAAUCAUGUUAUGACACACUCACAAAGCUUGUCGUACAGGAUGACGAGAGCAUCCAAGAUGCGCAGAUAUCUCGAGAUGGACGACUGGUUGCUGCCGCCACCAUCAACAGCGUCAAGAUGUUUCAAUUGCGAAAGACCCAAGUAUCAGGCAGACCAUGCCUGCGAACCCGACAAAUUGAACUACCGUCUUCUGUUGCCCGCUUGGGCGCUCGGAGAAUAGGUUUCUCUCCUGAUGGCAAGUGGUUGUACUGUGUCCGAAAAGAUAACGCUGUGGUUAUGGUAAAGAUUAUUCUGUCCGACGAUCCAAAAGAGCAGCCCGCCGUUCACGACAAAAUUGUGAAGCUCUACCGGCAAGCCCGAAAGACGACACAGUCGGCGCUGGGGAAUUAUCUUCAAACCAUCAAACAAGUCGCAUUCUCCAGUGAUAGCCGCGUGCUCACUGUGGGAGACCUAUCAGGUGCUAUCGAUGUCUGGGUGCUUGAAGGUCACGAAGACCCCCUCUUCAUUGACGACGCGGCGUCAGAAUCCUCUAGCGACUCGGCUGGGUCCUCCAAUUCCUCUACAACAUCAGACGACGAAGACGACGACUCAAGUUCCCCCAUCAUCCACGGGCAGAAAUGGAUCCGCAAUCCGUCUGGUUCCAGUCUGCCACAACUUGAUUCGUCCAUCCUUGUGCUGACAUUUCGACCUUCAAAUACCACGGCUAGGCCCGCAAGCUCAAGCACGCAUGACAAUCGCGGUCUACACGCGACCCGCCACAACCCACACCCAGUCAGCCAUGAACUUCCUGACGAAGCCAACACAAAACUCAUUGCCAUCAGUUCAAAGCACCAAAUCGUGGAGUUUGAUAUUUUCACUGCCAAGCUAAGCGAUUGGUCACGACGGAAUCCCUCGAAAUUUCUGCCACACGACUUCACCAAAAUCAAAGACCGGGUCAUAGGGUGCUUCUGGGAUUGCAACGAUAGAGCGAGAAGAGGGGAAAGACUGUGGCUAUAUGGAUCGACCUGGAUAUUCAUGUUUGAUGUGUCCAGGGACCUACUGAGAGACCACCCAAAUGGAACAACAAGUGGCUCUGGGGCAGGCGACGUGGAGAAGAUUGGACGAUUGGGUCGAUAUGAAGUGGUGGAGCCAGUGAUCAAACGAGGCUACGUCAAUGAGAAAGGACAAAAGCUGCUCCAGGCCGCUGUCAACGGACAGCGAGAACGAGAAGGCGACAAAAGAAGCAGGAAGCGCAAACGCAACACGGGAGCUGGAGACGACAUCCGCCUCUCUGAGCGCGAGGGGGGAAUCGGACCUGAAGUGCGCAAGUUCAAGGCUGCCUCGGGUGACGAUGCGGAGGUGGUUGAUCUCGACAAUGAUAACGUCGGUGAUGAGAUGGACCUGGAUGAUGAGCUGGACGAGGAUGAAAGAGAAGGCGACGCUCUCGCCCUGAUGAGACGAGGCGAGGGUGCGACACUUGAGGCGGCAGAGGCCGUGGCCACGGAUGAGCAGGUCACAGGGUCAGUGUCCAGGCAGAGGGCACCUCGGAUGUACUGGUACACGUUCGAGUAUCAUUCAAUCCUGGGGAUAGAGAUAGUUGGCCCUGCGGCGCCCUCUCAGUCGACCGACGACGGCGAUGCAACUGCAUUGGCCACGACAAAAGGGACCAAGGCGGAGGAUGUGCGCGAUAAUACCAGCACCAGCCCCAGCACCGGCGACAACAUCGAGGUCGUCAUCGUCGAACGGCCCAUGUAUGAUGUUGAGCAAGGCCCUCGCUUCGACGGCGGGCAGGAGUGGGAAGUAUGA